GAACCUCAAACCUUUCUUGUCAUUAUUUAACUUCAUUUAUAGCGAGCUCUCCUGGGCACCUGCCAGAUGUGGCUGUACCUUUACCUGGCCUCAGUUGCUUUGUCAGCUUCUCUGAUGGUACAGCCUGCCUGUGCUGCUGCUGGUGGAACACAAACACAGACAAGCUGCACAUACUAACACACACCACAAACACAGAGACAGAAGGAGAACAGGCUGCCAGAGAGAUAGACAGACGUGCGGUUGGACGGAGGGACACGCACACCACCAUGGGCUGCUGUAACAGAAGGUGCGGGCUGAUAGCCGGAGCUGUGUUUGGGGCGGCGGUAGCCAUCCUGGGAGGCGUCCUUAUCCCGCUGGGGAACAGCAUCAUUGAGGGGACAGUGGAGAAGGAAGCCGUCAUUGAGCCUGGAACGACAGCUUAUGACAACUGGGUGUCGACGGGGGGAAAGGUGUACAGGCAGUUCUGGUUCUUUGACGUGAAAAACCCCCUGGAGGUUUUGCAGUAUGGCGCAAAGCCAGUGGUAGUGGAAAAAGGACCUUACACAUAUAGGACAAGAUAUCUUCCCAAAGAGAACAUCACCUUCAACCCCAAUCAAACUGUCUCCUUCCUGCUGCCCCAGGGCGCCAUCUUUGAGCCAUCCAUGUCAGUGGGACCAGAGGAAGACAAAGUCACCUGCCUCAACCUGGCUGUGGCUGGAGCUUAUUCACUGAUUCCAAAAGUGUUUCAUACUGUGCUGGAGAAUCUGAUAAAGUCAACCAACUCCUCCUUGUUCCAGCACCGUACAGUCAAGGAAAUGCUGUGGGGUUACACAGACCCCCUGUUGAAAGGAAAUAUUGGCCUAUUUGCACCUUACAAUGGUACCUAUGAUGGCUAUUACACUGUCUACAGUGGAAAGGAGGACAUCUCUAAAGUGGGAACAGUUGACAGGUGGCGAGGAAAGAGGAGCUUAGGUUUCUGGAAUGACACGUACUGUGACAUGAUCAACGGGACAGAUGCUUCGUCAUUCCCUCCCUUUGUGGACAAGAAGAAGCCUAUCUAUUUCUUCUCAUCAGACAUCUGCAGGUCUGUGUCAGCUGGCUUUGAGGAAAGCAUGGAUCUGAAAGGGAUUGAAGUGUAUCGCUACACCCUCCAGCCAAACACCCUGGCCUCCCCUACGGUAAACCCAGACAACCAAUGUUUCUGCAGAGACCCAAAGACCACCAAGGAUUGCACCUUGGCGGGAGUACUGGACAUCGGCUCCUGUCAAGAUGGAAAACCUAUCUACAUCUCUCUGCCCCAUUUCCUUCACGGCAGUCCCUACCUGCGCGAGGCCGUGCUGGGCCUCAAUCCCAGUGAGGAGCACCAUGUCACCUUCCUGGAUGUAGAACCUACAACCGGGUUCACCUUGAGGUUUGCUAAGAGAAUUCAAGUGAAUAUGAUGUAUGGACCAUCAAAGGUCAUCACGGUGCUUAAGAAAGUCAAGGAUUAUACCAUAUUCCCUGUUGUUUGGCUGAAUGAGACAGCUGCGUUGGACGAUGAAACGGCAGACAUGUUUAAGAAGGAGCUCAUCUCCCGUAUCCAGAUGUUGGAGAUAAUACAGAAGGCGCUGCUGGGCAUAGGUGUGGCCAUCUUCGUCCUGUGUCUCAUCUCCUACUGCGCGGUGAGGAGGAGAUAUAACCAAAACAAGUUUGUGUGAAUGAAUCAUGCAGAAGUGUCUGUUGUGUGCGAGUCACAGAGCAGAGUGCAUUUAAGCUGCUAUGGAACAUCAAACCUUUUGAUAUAGACUUGCACUUUUUUGUAAUUUUAGAGUUAUUUAUAAUGUCAUACCUCCUUUGAUACCAGAGGGGGGAUACUGUGAUUUUGUAAGGCUGAAGAGAUGAAUUCCUUUGCCAAGUAUUGUUUUAAUUGCAAACACUGUAACAUUAACUCAAUCAGGGAUUACUAGAGGGAGAGAAGAUGGAGAUUCCUCCUGUUUGUCAGGUUAUUAAUCCGCACAGAGGAGAAAUGUGUUUGUUUGACAUCCUAUAAAAGAAAUGUACAUGAAUCUAAUCUUACGCAAUUGUUUUUAUCCUUUGCUGAACUAGUGUCUUCAAAAUGAAUAAAAGCUGAAAAGGA